AUGGUGGACCAAGGGAGUGGGGCUGAGAUUAUGUACCCCAAUCUCUAUAAAGGGCUAGGAUUGAAGCCGAAGGAUUUGAGCAAGUAUGACACCCCUUUUUUGGGUUUUGAUGGAAAGGUGGUAACACCUGAGGGGAAAAUUAAGCUUAGGGUAGUGACCGAGGGUAGGGAAGUGGAGGUGAACUUCAUAGUGGUUAAUGCGUACUCACCUUACACGGCGAUUCUUGGGCGUCCCUGGAUCUAUAGCAUGUGGGCAGUGCCUUCGACAUUGCACCAAAAGAUAAAGUUCCUGACCAAGGAUGGGGUCGCAGUAGUCUAG